ACAGAGACAUCAGGGAACAAGCUUGUGCUGUCUGCUGUGUGGAGAAGAGAGAACAUAGCAAGACCGGCAGAGGUCCGGGUGAGCUGUAUUUCCAACACUCCGGAGAAUUUCAGCGGCUUCAUCUGUGCGUCUCGAUCAGUGUUGAAACAUCGCAGGAAAAGCAUGGCCUCAGGCAUGUCUGCCAUGAGGGAGGAGGCCACCUGCUCCCUCUGCCGGAAGCUGAUGACUGAGCCUGUGAGCAUCGACUGUGGACACAGCUUCUGCCACCUGUGCAUAGCAGCCAAGAUAGAGAGGACACUCCUGGGACUGCCGUGGAACCUCCACUGUCCCCAGUGUCAGGCGCCGUUUAAAAGGGAGAGCCUCCGGCCCAACAAGCAGCUGCAAAACCUCAUCGAAACCAUCAAGCAGAUGGAGCGUGAGAAGCUGUGUGCGGAGCACGGAGAGCGGCUCCACCUGUUCUGUGAAGACGACCAACAGCUCAUCUGCUGGCGCUGUGAGCGGUCGCCACCGCACAAAGGACACAGCACAGCUCUUGUGGAAGACGUGUGUCAAAACUAUAAGGAAAAGCUUCAAAAAGCUGUGAAAAAAUUGAAGGACGCAGACCACCUGUGUUGGAGUUACGCACUGUUCACGAAAGAGCAAAUAACUGAGUGGGAGGAGAAGGUAGAACUUAGGAGACAAGAAAUCCAAUCGGAUUUUAAGACACUCCAUAACUUCCUGCAUGAGGAGGAAGAGUCUUAUCUCUGGAGGCUGGAGAAAGAAAAAGAGCUGACUCUGAGCAGACUGCAAGACAAUAAAGCAGCCCUGGAAAAGCAGAGCCAAGAAUUCAAGAAUCACAUCCUGGAAUUAGAGAGGAAAUGCCAGGACUCAGCACAGAACUUGCUGAAGGAUAUUAAAGACACCUUGAGCAGAAGUUCAGAUGUGAACGUGGAAACACAGAAUCUCCUCUCUUUGGAGCUGCAUACUGUGUGCAAUGUCUCUGAGCUUUACUUUGAUGUGACAAAGAUGCUAAGGCGCUAUCAAGUCAGUGUAACUCUGGAUCCAGACACAGCUCAUCAUGAAUUAAUUCUGUCUAAGGAUCAAAGACAAGUGAUCCGUGGAUGCCCCCAGAGGAAGCCUGACACUCCAAGGAGAUUCCGUGUCUUACCCUGUGUCCUGGGCUUUGAGAGCUUCAUCUCAGGAAAACAUUACUUUGAAGUGGAUGUGGGCAAAGGUUCUCAGUGGGUUGUAGGUGUUUGUCUGGAAAAUGUGUCAAGGGACGUUGCCACGGCACAGGCACCUCAAUCUGGAUUCUGGGCCAUCGGACUGUGUGAAAACAAGGGCUAUUUAGCCCUUACUUCUCCCCCAACUUCCCUUCCUCUGAGGGUCCAGCCUGAGGUUGUAGGGAUUGUUCUAGACUGUGAUGCUGGGCUUGUAUCCUUCUACAAUGCAACAGCUGGUUCCCACAUCUACACCUUCCCAAAGGCCUCCUUCUCUCAAGCUGUCCAGCCUUAUCUCCAGGCUUAUCACUAUUGUCCUUUAUUCUUGCCUCCCACUGAUGAAUAAGGAAAAAGGAAAAUCUCCACCUUGGUAACCCAGCAUAAAGAGUACUUUGUAGGAGCUGGAGCAAUAGCACAGCGAGUAGGGUGUUUGCCUUGCAUGCAGCCGACUCGAGUUUAAUUUGGUCCCUUGAGCACCACCAGGAGUUAUUCCUGAGUGCAGAGCCAGGAGUUAACCCCUGUGCAUCGCAGGGUGUGACCCAAAAACAUUAAAAAAAAAAGGGUACUUCGUAAAUCCAAGUGGGAGCAGAAGUUUGAUCUAAUUUCCUCAUAGCUAAUUCUCUAUCAUAGAACAAUGCUGACUUUUUGGAUCAUUCAUAAAACUGCAAUGGAUGGAAACACUGAAGUAUGAAAGAUAAUGAGACUGAGUUAGGAAAAGCAAGGUAUUUUGCAUUAUAUGUCUGUGUAUAUACAUACAGUAUAUACACACAUGCAUAUGUAUAAAUACACACACACACAUAUAAAUAUAUGUAUAUGCUGAGGGCCCGUAACUGGUCAAGUGUUCAAGACUUUCCCUGGUUUUGUGUUCAGAGAUCUCUCCUGGAAAUGCCUGGGAGACCAUCUGCAAUGUCAGAGAUCAAACUCAUAACAAGUUCAGUCACAUGCAAGGCAAGCAUUGUAUCCCCUAUACUCUCUUGCAUAUUUUGCUUUGUCCUCUCCUUUCUCUUAGGACUUUAAUUUCCAAGGCACUGUGUAUUUAGGCCAGUACAGGGCUACAGUGAGCCAGAUGACCAGGGCUAAGGAGGGAUUGCUCUGUUUGUUUGAUGUCAUUUGAGGGAAAGAUGUGACUGUCUCUCUCACUGCAUAAAGAGAAGAGCGUCAGUCUGACAGUGAGUCCUUUGGUUACUUAUCCAUGAGCUGCCAGUGUUUCAGACCAGGCAGUGCCUUUGUGAAUUAAGUAAAAAAUCCAAACAGUACACUAAAGAGAGGUACGAGCUUGCACUGACGGGGUGUGAGGGACAUCUCAGAAUAGGGGGCGUUACCAGCACCGCUCUCCUCCCAGAUGUGACCCCGAGUGGCUGCACACGAAUGGCUCCCCCGUUACUGAACGCCCAUGAUGCCAGAGGCCCACUAACUACUUUCGGCACCCAGCGGCUUCUUGCAGAAAUGCCUCUAGACUGUGAACUGAGCUAAGGCCCCAUGCCACCCCAGGAGGGGAAAGGUUUUUCUCUCUCGGCCUUUCCUUUCACCAGUGGCGUGGCGACUGCCCUCUUAUAAGGCCCACUAAACUGAGGUACAAGCUUGCAGUGAUGCAACUUCUGGCAGAAAUUUUUCUGGACUUAAUUACUAAAAUACCAGAAAUCCAAACCCACGUGGCCUCUGCUGCCUCAUAGGCUCUUCGUUC